AUGGCGUCGAAUCGUGAUAUCGAGAAGGCGGUGGUGGCGUCCCACCAUGACCAAGAAGUCGAUACUUUGUACACUCUGAUAAAAGCUGCGUCGCGGCCAGCACCCAGACAUGAGAAAGAGCCAGGAGACGACAUAGUCCGCGUGCCAACACAGGCAUCCCAGGUAUCACGCACCAGGAAGACGGUAGUAGGGCUAGCCAAAACCAUGACCUCGCGCUCAAACGCCUCCAUCCUUGAUCCCGGCCCACCGCCUGACGGCGGCACGAAAGCCUGGAUCCAAGCCUUGUCGGGCCACCUUGUCGUCUUCAACACAUGGGGCAUGAUUGCCACAUUCGGCGUGUUCCAGCAAUACUACACGCAGAAGCUCAAGCUGGAGCCGUCGGCGGUAUCGUGGAUCGGGAGUUUCCAGAUGCUGGGCCACUUUGCCCUCGGCAUGCUCACGGGACGCCUCUUCGACGCCGGAUUCUUCUACUGGCUUGCUAUCCCCGGCAUGCUGGUUUCGGCGCUUGCAAUGUUCAUGACUAGCCUGUGCACGCGCUACUGGCACUUCUUCCUCGCCCAGGGCGUCCUGACGGGCGUGGGAAACGGAAUGCAGUUUGCACCCGUCCUCGGCCUCGUCAGCACAUACUUUGCAAAGAACAGGAGUGUCGCGCUGGCCAUCAUGGCGUCCGGCAGUGCUACGGGCGGCCUUGUGUAUCCGACUGUCGCGCGGCAGCUCCUCCCGCGGAUUGGGUUUCCAUGGACAGUCCGCACGGGUCCGGUGCUGGAACUGUGUGCCUUUAACGAGAUACCGUAUAGUGUGUUUUUACUCGCCGUGUUUCUGAUUGCGCUAGGCCAGUUCUUUGCGUUUUACUAUAUCUCGUCGUUUGCGGUGGAUGUCAUCGACUUGCCGUACGAGUCUUCCAUCAACGUUUUGCUUGUGCUGAAUGGGGUUGGUGUCCUUGGUCGUUUGGUGCCGUCCUGGUUUGCGGACAAGUACACGGGGCCAUAUAAUAUCCUUAUUCCAUUUUGCUUUGUUUCCUCUCUUGUCUUAUUCUUCUGGCCGCUGGUUUCCACCGGCCCUGGCCUCUACGCAUGGGCUAUCUUUUACGGGUUCUUCGUCGCGGGUUUCCAGGGCAUUUUCCCUGCCGUCAUGACGACGCUGACAAAGGAUAUGAGUAAGGUUGGAACAAGAAAUGGACAGGGUCUUGCGAUCAUCGGGUUCGGCACGUUUGUCGGCCCGCCUAUUGCGGGCGCCCUGAUCCAGAGAUAUGGCGGCGGGUACCUGAGCGCGCAGUUAUUCGCUGCUACGGCGGUGUUGCUGGGAAGCUGCAUAUUGGUGUUGGGGAGAUUGAGUAUUACGGGUGUGAAGCUCAGGGUGAGAGUUUAG